UAACAAUCACACCCUCUCUAGUCUCAACCCUUGUUCGCGCUUUCACCAUCUUCUCCGUUCCUCAUUUCGCAAAGCCACAAUUGUCACCAUUCCCAACCCUAACCCUAACCCUUCUCAAACGAUGGUAGUUUCUCUCGGUCCUGGGAAAUUCUACGGCACCAGCCUCCCCCGACCUCGGAUCUACACCGACGUCAAGUUCAACGACCACCGCGUCGACCCACCCGUUCCCGUCAACGACCCACUCAUGUCCUGGGCCCAAGAGGCCCACUGGUCCAUGGGCGGCCUCAGCUUCAAGCGCCUCCGUCUCCAGGGCAAAAUUGAAGGCAAUGUCGAAAGGCUUCGCUCCCAGCGCGAGAAGUUCCAGGCUCAAAGCCCAAGCCCAAGCCCACCGGCACGCGCCGACCUCCGCAGAUCCAAAAGAGCUGCUUCCCCUCUGACUCCACCGGCUCCGGUCAUGGCGAAACGGCGAAGAUACAUGGAUCUUAUCCAAGAGGAAGAAGAGGAAGAAGAAGAAGGGGUUGUGGUUCGGAGGACCAGUGUUCGGAAGAGCGGCUUGGUGAAGAAGCUUGGGGAUGAUUUUGACAGGGUUGCCCUGGAAAACGAUGAGUCCAAUACGGUGUCGUCGUUGAAGACGACUCGUGGUCGGAAAUUGGUUAAGAAUGGUGAACUUGGGAACAAAACGGUGGUUGAAGUAGCUGAAAAAUCAAACACCAAAGGAAAGAAGAGUGCAAGUGAAGCCGAGAAGAGCCCUGGGGUUAGAACUUCUUCCAGAUUGGCUAAACGUGUGUCCAAUUAAACGUCUUGUAAUUAGAUGUUUGAUAAAAUUGUGGUUUUCCUUUUCCUUUUAUUAUUGUCCAAUUAGCCAUUCUGUGUAUGUUUCAAGAUUUAGGGUUUGUUCAACAAUUGGUAUUUUGCAGUAAGUCAUACAUGAAUGAAUGAAAGCAGAUGGCAUUAUAUUUUGCAACGAUUUAA